CUCUACGAUCACCACCGCUACACUGAAGCUUAGAGGCGGAAAGCGGCGAAGAGGAAUCUUGAUGCUGUUGGGAACGUUUUUUACUUUAAUGUAACACAUAUAGGGCAUUUCCGGUUUCCGUGUUUACGCAUCCUGGACCUAAAGACGGACGAGCGCGAGGCAUCUGACAUUUACUAAGCAAAGACGAGAGGCUAGUUCAUUAGGAUUUUAAGGAGUCGCCAAAAAAACUGUGGGUGAUUGUGUAAUUAAAGAGGCUCUUGAAUUGAUGUGAAGGCUUGCGCGUGCGUGUGCGUGUGUGCGCGUGCGUGCGUGCGUGUGUGUGUGUGCGUGCGUGUGUGUGUGUGUGCGCGUGUGUGUGUGCGUGCGUGUGUGUGUGUGUGCGUGUGUGUGUGUGUGUGCGCGUGCGUGCGCGCGCAGGCAUGGCACAGAGGCUCCGGUCUCCAGUCCAGCGACAUGCAACUUGGACAAAAUGCCAAGUUUGCUUUUAGCAGAAGAGCUAUAGCGCUCACUGGGUUUUAAAUCUCCCCCCUUUUUAAUGAACUGCAAUCCUCGUUUAAUGGUCGCUAAAACACAUAACUAGCCCGUAAUCCGUCUUUUCCUGUAAAUUCCUCGACGACUGAAUAAAUACAGGAAGCUAUUUUUUUUUAUUAUUGCUAUAAGGACCUGAAGGAUGGCUGGCACUUUAUCAGCAGAGGAAGAGCAGGCCACAAAGCAGUUCCUGGAGGAGAUCAAUAAAUGGACAAGUCAACAUGGAGUCUCUCCGCUGACCUGGGACGUGGCCGUAAAGUUCCUCAUGGCACGAAAAUUUGAUGUCCUUCGGGCCAUAGAGCUCUUCCACAGCUACAGGGAGACGCGUUUGAGGGAGGGCAUCGUCAAGCUACAGCCCCAGGAAGAGCCACUACGCUCUGAGCUCCUUAGCGGAAAGUUCACUAUCUUGGGAGUAAGGGACCCCUCAGGUGCCUCCAUUGCUCUGUACACAGCUAAGCUGCACCACCCGAAUAAAACAGGCAACCACGUGGUGCUCCAGGCUCUUUUCUACCUGCUAGACAGAGCGGUCGAGAGUUUCGAGACGCAGAGGAACGGUCUGGUCUUCAUCUAUGACAUGGCUGGAUCGAACUACACCAACUUCGAGCUGGACCUGAGCAAGAAGAUCCUCAACCUGCUCAAGGGUGCGUUUCCUGCUCGGCUGAAGAAGGUGUUCAUAGUCGGCGCCCCCGUUUGGUUCCGAGUGCCCUACAACCUAUUGAGCCUGCUGCUCAAGGAGAAACUCAGAGAGCGGGUCCAGAUAGUGAAGAUGACCGAUCUACGGCAGCACCUUCCCAGGUCCUGCUUGCCUGAGCACCUGGGCGGCUGCUUGCCUCUGGACGUCCAUGGCUGGAACCAGCGUCUGCUGACGGAGCAGAACGGCCGUGUGGAUCCUGUCGAUGAGCUGCUGGGCAUCCCAGUGGCAACCUCUGCGAUUCACGUACCAGGCACAGAUGCUAUGCGACUCCUCGAGUUCACGGCUCACUUGGCUCGGGCACAGCGAUGCGGAAUUUACCACGAGUAUGAAGAGCUCCGUAAAGAGCCGCCCUCCGGAACCUUCCACUGUGCAUUGGCUGCAUGCAACCAGGAGAAGAAUCGUUAUGGUGAUGUUCUGUGUCUGGAUCAAACACGUGUACGUUUGAAAGCCAGAAUGAAUGAGAAAUCAGACUACAUCAACGGCAGCUUCAUGGACGGCUACAAACAGAGGAAUGCGUACAUUGGGACUCAAGGGCCUCUGGAGAAAACCUAUGAUGAUUUUUGGAGAAUGGUGUGGGAGCAAAACGUGCUAGUCAUCGUCAUGACAACAAGGACAGACGAAGGUGGCAGGAGGAAGUGUGGACAGUACUGGCCUCUACAGGAAGGAGGGCAGGAAGUUUAUGGACACAUAGCUGUGGUCAACCAGAGAGUGGACAACCAUUCCCACUACAAUCAGACCAUUCUAGAGCUACAUAACACCGAGACAUGUGAACAGCGGCAGGUGAGCCACUUUCAGUUCCUCAGCUGGCCAGACUACGGCGUUCCAGCCUCAGCACUCUCUCUGCUCGACUUCCUGAGUACGGUGAAGAGGCAGCAGAAGAGGGCAGUGAAGGCUCUGGGCACACAGUGGAGAGGUCAUCCUCUGGGGCCACCGAUGGUUGUUCACUGCAGCGCAGGAAUCGGCAGGACUGGUACGUUUUGUGCUUUGGACAUCUGUCUGUCACAGCUGCAGGAUGUCGGGACGCUGAACGUAUGCCAGACGGUGAGGCGCAUGAGAACGCAGCGCGCCUUCAGCAUCCAGACCCCCGAACAGUAUUAUUUCUGCCACACUGCCAUCCUUGAGCACGCCCAGCGUACAGACAGGCCGCCUCCAGCCAGCGAGGGACGUAGUGGCUCUGUUGGUGAUAGGAAUUUUUAAGAUGUUUCCCACGGACCCCAUCAUACCCCUCAACCGCCGCCGUCUCACCCCGAUGGUCACUCCAAGCACAGUGUUUUUUGCUGAUGUGUUUUUAAAAAAAACUGCCUUAGUCAUAGCAAAUCUCUGCUGGAUCCAGCCCAAGACAGGUCAGGUUCAUUAGUAACGCUGUAUGAAUCCAAGAUGUUCAUGACGUGGUCUGAAUGCUGAUCAGUUCUCAAGAAAGCAGUAAGCUGACGAAACUGAAUAGCGUUUAGUUUUCUAAACAAACGAUGUCAAAAAUUACGUCGCGUUUUUAUCCCGUCCACUUUACAUUCCGAUUAUUAAUAAGAAAGUAGAACAGAAAAUCUGCUUGCACAAGAAAAGUGUAUAAACUCUGUGGAUUCAAAUUUUCACUUAAGGAACCUGUAUCGAUUUAGUCCUGAAGCUUCAAAAGUACUCGUAUUUUUUUUUUUUCCCCCUCCCUUUUCCUGACUACAAACGCACACUGGAUGCAGUGUAUUGGGUCUCCAGUCCUGUUAGUAUCACACAGGCUGAAGUCUCAACCUUCAUUUUACUGUAUAACAUGUUCUAAUAUAUGUAGCACUGUUCACAGAUGGACUGCUUCCUAUGCUAACUCUAUAUAUGUUGUAUACAUGGGGAUUGUUUUAGCUUUUAUAUUUAUAUCCUAAACUAGCGUCACUGUACUUUGUCCAUAGGAAACGACGGGCCUCAUUUAUCAAGCGUUUAGUAAAGUUGGGUAUAAAUGUUUGUGUAAAGACAAACUGAUUAAAAAAUUCUGCCAGAUUUUAAAAUGUUUCAGAAACUAGAGUUUCAUCCAGUGACUCGAAUCUUUUUGGAGACUGCAAUCGAAAGAUUCGUUUCACUGAUUCUUUCAGUGACCCUUGUUGUUGUAUUGUUGUUAGAAAGCGUGCUUGUCUACAAAUGUACUUGAAAAAUGGUUUUUAAAACUAUUUUCAUUGACCAGCACCUGAAAAGGCAGACGUUUGGAACUAUUAUGGAAAUGGUGAAAUUGAGAUGAAGAGAACAUCUGAAUGUCUGUCUGUUGUACCCAGGUGAUCGUGGAAAACAAGCUGAACUCACAAGAAAAGUUUUUUUUGUUUUUUUUUUUAAAUAAUUCAAAGCAAAGCGUCUUGUCGAGUUCUGAGAAAUCUCUCACAGAACAGUACAUCCUCCCUGAUGCCAUGAUGAAAAAGGAAAACAGGAAGCUGACGAUUCUCUCUCACACACACACACACACACCAGAUCAGUCACUUAGUACUGGCUCUAAUCAAGUUUUUCACAGCAUUACAUUGAGAUGUUUGAAACUGACAGAAUAAAUCCACAUGGAAAAGUGCCAUAAUCCAUGCGAGUGAUCGAAUCUGAAGCUGAUCAUCUGAGGUUACUUCAGUUUCACGCCUUCGGCUAGGCGAGAGUAGGAAACACUCCUUCGAACGCUUUACAAACCUCUAACUUGAUCAUUGAGACCCAUAUGUUUGUACCACUGGAUUUAAGGAUGAAACAAAUUUUGCAUUUGUUUACUGAACACUUUCUCUUCUGUGAAAUUCAGGCAGCAAGUCGUCUAAACCUGAACGCGUUCGUUUUCUUUUUCUCCACUUCGUUUCAUGUCGUUGAUCGUUACCCGUUCUUGUUUUGUUUAAUUUUUUUUUUCCAUUUCUUCUAUUUAAAAAAAUGAGAAUAAAUACCAUCAUUUCAGUGAGCUUCAGAACAAUAUCAGGACCACAAUGCUUUAUUUUGGAUUUGUAGUAACAAAUUGCUGUGAUGAUUACAGAACCAAACCAUUUGUUGGCUGUUUUUUUCUCUUAACAAAGAAAUAAUGUUCCACUUUUCUGCUGUAUUUCAUUUCAUUAUUUCGGGAUUAUUUCAGCAUCGUUAAGUCCUGAUCCUGGUCGAUGUGCUCAGACUAUAAUAUCAGACCCUAAAUAUAGGUACAACAGGCUGCAAAUAAUAGCAUCAGAAAUAAAAUGAAAAUCAGAAAAAAACCUCACCCUGCUGUACACCCAAUUAUCUUAACACAUCUGGCACACUUCUAAUUAAAGUAUGAAGUCUGAUGAUGUGGAAGAAAUCUGAAAUCACAGUCUAUAAAUGGGUAGAACAGUCUACACCACUUGUUUCAUGUCCACAUUCUGCAUCCUGGAUAAAGUCUCUGCGUCUGUGUGGAAAUUUUGGAGCUCGCUGUAUGAAACAUGAAGUGAAGGUGAAAAUGUGAAAGGUUUUAUGAUGUGACUGAUGAUGCAAAUACUGUAUCCUGAGCAGAUGAUACUCAGUAUUUUCAUUAUCUGACGUCAAGCUUCAUUUUUGUCUUACAGUGUAGGGAGAGUUGAUGUCCUUUAUAAUUCUUUACAAAUUCUACUCACCCGCAAUUUAUUAUUAUUUUUUUUAAUAUAUAUAUAUAUAUACGAGAUCAGACAACCACUGUGUCGCCCUCCACCUUAAGCUUCUGCUCUGCUUCUUUAGGCCAGCUGACGUUAAAACAAAACCAUUUUGUAAAUGCUGUUGCUUGUAUUAUGAUGUAAAAAUGUCUCUUAGGUCUUGCAUCUCUGUAUAAGCGUUAGACAGCAAGUGUUGGACUUCAGGGGUGGAACACCACGUACUUGUGCACACAGCGGAGCAAAUGUUUUAUGCUGUGGUGGAGCUGUACAAAAAAAAGAGAAAAGGACCAACGUGCAAAAUUAGACAGCAUUCCCUGUUAAUCGUGCAUUUGUCUGGUUUUAUAAUAUGAUGUAUUGUGCUCUGGGGUAUGUAAACCAUUGCUACUCAAUUCAUAUUGAAUUUGCUUGUCGUGAAGCGUCUCGUAAACACUUGUACGGAAGCGUCUGAAAGAGUUCUUCAAAAAAUUAACCUACUUUAUUUUUCUAUUAUACUCAACAAACUACUUCAUUUGCAAAUAGCUACUUUUAUAUAUCGUUUUUCCCCUCGUUCUGUAAUUCUGUAACUUGUCUGUUUGUAUGCUUUACGGUCAUGUAAUCGUGUAAUCGAUAGUGCCAUGAUGUCCGCUUAUACACGUCGAACACGGAGUUAUGAUCAAGUACUUUUCGAUUUGUAGAUUGUGUAACGUGAGGCUGUGCUGAAAUGUGUAGCGUUAAGUGGAUGCUUGUAAAAGAUGAAUUCCGAGUUACUGUUUAAAAGAAAGAAAGAAAUUAAAUAUAUCAUUAUCA